CCUUUUCACGAUAAAUCUCGCACAUGCGCACAAACGCUUCCGGACGGCAAACGAAUUUUGUUUACAUUGGUGACCUUUAUACAACUAUGUCAAAGCGGGAGAGUUUAAAUAAGUUAAAAGUUAAUGUGCUGCGAAAGCUUGCCGAAGAACACGGAAUUAACGUUACUAAAAAGAAAAAAGAAGAAAUCAUACAGGAUUUAUUAAUAUGCCAGACGUCACCCUCUGUUCUCACACCGAUCGUGCAGCAAGAUUCCGCUGGAGGUUCCUUGAUAGUACCCUCUCAGGACAGUUUACCACCCUUUAAUGCCGUGAUUUAUGAGUCUCCAGACCAUUCUUAUAUUCCCAAAAUAACUUUCACUGAUAUUUACAACUUUAUUAUUGAAAGACCUACACCGUGUGGUAGUACAGUGAAAAAUUUCAAGGGUCUAGACAGAUCUGUCAAGCACUUCGAGGCUGGUGAUGUGCAAGACAUUAAGGUAUCACAGAUAAACCCAUCCGUGAUCUAUGUGAGAGCAACAUGCCAGGCUUCUAUGAAAAAGCAGCAGUACCAAGUCUUCCUAUGUGUGUCAACAUCCAACACAGGCAAACCACAUAUACAGCAUGGAUAUUGCCAGUGUCCUAUAGGGUUAGCACAGGCAUGUAGCCAUAUAGGUGCACUUCUCUUUGCACUCAGCCAUGCCAAACCUGGUGAGACACAAGGAAGUUGUACAUCUCAGCCAUGUAAAUGGAUCAUUCCCGGGCGCCAGGUGAAGCCGACUCGGCCCAUGAGCUCUUUGCCCAAAAAGUCCAAGCCUCUACAUACAGACACUGAAGAUGAUCCAGUUGCCUCUUUUGAUCCUCGCCACUCGGAUGACAAAAAGAUGGAUCUGCAUAAUACUCUGCAGCAGUUGAAAGACUUAAGAGAUACCUUCCCACAAACAGGUAGGAAUUAA